CUCGAAGAAUCUGAUAUUCCUCAUCGCACAAAGCUUUCAGAGCUCAUAGAUAAGCGGUUCAAAUCGGAGUACAACAAGGUUAUCAAUGAGAUACGGAAUUCCCUUGGUCGACUGGCUAUUACUGGUGAUAUAUGGUCUCGUAUCAACCUUGAGGGCUACUUAGCCAUCACAAUCUCAUAUUUGCAUCGGAAACCUUCUGGA